GGUAUGUGGACAUUGGGCUGAUUCCAGAGGGGGCUCGGGACAUUCGCAUCGAGGAGGUGGCUGAGGCUGGGAAUUUCUUGGCUCUCCGGAGUGACGACCCCGGCAAGUACUUCCUGAAUGGCGGUUGGACUAUCCAAUGGAAUGGGGAAUACAAGGCAGCGGGGACGGUGUUCACCUAUGAGAGGACAGGCCAACUGGAGAACUUGACCUCCCCUGGACCAACCCUAGAGCCAGUGUGGAUACAGCUACUCUUCCAGGAGACCAACCCAGGGGUGCGCUAUGAGUACACCAUCCAUAGAGAGACUCUUCUGGACUCAGACAAUGAUAUCCCUAACCCCGGUUUCUUCUGGAAGUAUGGCUCAUGGACUGAGUGCAGUGCCACCUGCGGGACAGGUGUCCAGCGACAGAUUGUUCACUGUGUGGAGAGGACCUCUGGGAUAGUAGAAGAGGGCUACUGUGACCCGUCGACCCGUCCUGACGAUAAACGAGCCAGCUGCAAUGAGGAGCUUUGCCCAGCCAUAUGGUGGGUGGGCGAGUGGCAGAAGUGCUCGGCCACGUGCGGUGAGAAGGGCUUGGCCAAGAGGACGGUGCUGUGCAUCCAGGCCGUGGGUCUGGAGGAGAACAGAGCCCUGCAGCCCUCUGAAUGUCACCACAUGCCCAGGCCUGAGUCAGCGGCGCCCUGUAACGCUCAUGUCCCCUGCCCCGCGGACUGGUCGACAGGCAACUGGUCAGAGUGCUCGCUGACGUGUGGCGGUGGUGUGCGGAGCCGUAAGGUUGUCUGUUCCAGAAACACAGGGGUAGACUGUGACCCCCGAAAGAAUCCUAGUUCCCUUACUCCAUGCUACCUCCAGGACUGUCCUCAAAUCAUCGACGUCUUCGGUGGCAGCAACGACUGGUCUGGCAGUGGCUCGUCCAGCAAGGAAAUCAACGAAAUCAACUCCAUCCCUGACUCCAACCCCCUGCCCAAACACAGUACGACUAGAACUCAGCCAAGGGCCCCUAACAAUCUGAAUAACAUCAUCCCCCACCCGAAUCACAUUGACAAGACUACUGACAACUCAGCCAAAAACAAUGUACCGGUGGACGAUUUUUACUACGACUACAACUUCAUCAAAUUCCACGAGGACAUUUCCUAUGACUUUGGCUUGGGGAACAACGGUAAAGACUUGGUGGGUGAUCUUGGACUAGAUCCACAACAGGAGCCUAAACCAAGCUCUAGUGCAGAAGAACAUGUUUACAGAGAAACUACAACAGAUCCUCCCACAGCUACCUCACCCAUUUCUACCACUUUUAAGACGACUCCUUUCAUUAGGGAAGUUGAGGAACCACAAGACCCUAACCUGGACAAUGUAGAGGUUGAUGGAAGACCACAGACGGCGAAGCCCAAUGAAGUAGAGCGAGAGGAGGAGGAUGUACUCCUUUCAGAGGACUAUUUUCUACCUGUUUCCACCACACCCUCAGCACCAGUUAUAGAGACCAGGUUUUCACAAAGCUGGAAAGGAACAAACGGUAAUUUUGGUUGGCCUCAUUACCUCAGCUCAGCAGCCAGCCCGGUGUCCACUAGCAUGGGGACCACUGACAACACACAUGGGCCCCAGAGUGAAGAAAAGGAUGAUGAAAACACUGACAUUUAUGUCCAUUUUGAUGUGGAAGACGGCAAUGUUGGUACAACCAUCGAAUGUACCACCACUUCCCCUGUCAGCCAUGACUAUGAAGAUGGCACCGUACCCACAACAAUGGUAGAAAAGGUGAAAGAAGUGGGUGUUUUGGACUACAAUUCCCACCAGGAGACUGCAAUUGGACUACAAUCCCCUGGCUACCAAGAUGAAACGGAGAGCCCGGUUCCACCCCUGGAUCCACCUUCCCCAGGCCCUGUGUUUGAGUUUGAAACAUACGAGGACAGCUUUUUCACCACAACCCUGUCCCAAUGGGAGGCAACCACUUCUCUUCCAUACGCGCCACCAGCCCCAGACUCCACUGAGGAUUACAAUGGCGUUUCCCCUGGUGAACCAGACUUUGAUCAGCAGGACUUUGAAAUUGGGCCCAAAGCUGAUAGCGAAGUCAAUUUAGGGGUCACCGACAGUGACUUCACCGUGACCUCACGUCCUGUGUCUCAGGAGCCACAUCUUCCACCCUCUCCUCCCCCACCUCUUUCCCAUUCACUCUCAGGAAACCAGGAGAACAUCAAACACAGCACAUCAACAACUGGAAGUGACUCCUCUCCUCCUACUUAUCUGGAAGGAGACCCUCAGUCUCCACCUGGAAGUGACUCCCCUCCUUCCACUCAUCUGGAAGGAGACCCUCAGUCUCCACCUGGAAGUGACUCCCCUCCUUCCACUCAUCUGGAAGGAGACCCUCAGUCUCCACCUCCGUCAAUGUUAGCAGAGACAGAGCCAGCCACAGCCCAGUUAGAGACAGACAUUUCAGCACAGUCCUCCACGACUGGGCCAACUCCAUCUAAAGGGGCCAAUGCGGGCCCUCCAGUCCCCUCCCCAUACGGGUGGUCAGAGAUUGACUAUAAUGAGAUCCUCAUCCCCCCCAUGCUGAGAUCCAGGGGCAUGGACCCUCCCCUCACAUACCAGCCCCCAGUGGAUGUCACCACAACCACUCCCCAGGAUGGCACGAAACCCAUGCCCCUCACCCAGUCUGAGCCAGCCGUGUCCCCUAGCAAUUCCCCUGAGCCCGCCGUGUCCCCCACCCAUUCCCCUGAGCCAGCCGUGCCCCCCACCCAUUCCCCUGAGCCCGCCGUGCCCCCCACCCAUUCCCCUGAGCCAGCCGUGUCCCCCACCCAUUCCCCUGAGCCAGCCGUGCCCCCCACCCAUUCCCCUGAGCCCGCCGUGCCCCCCACCCAUUCCCCUGAGCCAGCCGUGCCCCCACCCAUUCCCCUGAGCCAGCCCCGUGCCCCCACCUAUUCCCCUGAGCCAGCCGUGCCCCCCACCCAUUCCCCUGAGCCAGCCGUGCCCCCCACCCAUUCCCUUGAGCCAGCCGUGCCCCCACCCAUUCCCCUGAGCCAGCCGUGCCCCCCACCCAUUCCCCUGAUCCAGCCCCAUGCCCACUCUGCCAACCCAUUCUCCCACCACACUCUGGUGGACACCAGAGCCAACCCCAGUGCCAAGCCAAGCUCAACUCCACCUUCCUUCUGGAGAGCCGGCAACUGGAGCGCAUGUUCUACUAGCUGUGGUCUGGGGGCCAUCUGGAGGCUGGUGGUCUGCAGCACGGGACUGGAGUCUGACUGUGACCUGACCAAGAGGCCUGUGCCGGCCCGGCGCUGCUACCUCCGACCCUGCUCCUCCUGGAGGAUAGGAAACUGGACCAAGUGUUCCAAGAACUGUGGUGGUGGGGUGACCCUGCGUGAGAUCCAGUGCUUUGACACCAGGGACCAGAGGCCUUUGCGGCCCUUCCACUGUCAGACCGUGUCUACCCGGCCAGUGUCCCGCAUGCCCUGCCUACCCCAGCCCUGCCUGGACUGGUACUCUUCUUCCUGGGGACAGUGCUCUGAGGUGUGUGGGGAGGGGAGCAGCGAGCGUCUGGUUACCUGUCCAGAAGAGGAUCGCUGUGACGAGGACCAUCAGCCCAGCAACAUCCAGACCUGUAACAGCCAACCCUGUACCCAAUGGGUCACUGGCUCCUGGGGACAG